CCCUGCCGCCGCCUUCGGUGGUGGCCUGGCCAGCCCGCCCGCGGCUCUCCCCUUCUCUCCCUGUCUCCAGUCUCGGUCUCCACGAGUCUAUCCCACACCCCUUCUCUCCGCCUCUCUUUCUCUCCGUCUCUCUCGCUCCCCUCGGAGAUGAGGCCGGGGUCGGCACCCCAGGCCAGCCCGCUCAGCCCUCUCCAGGGAUAGGCCGGGGCGGGGAGCUGCACUGGACAGACUGCACUGGACAGCUGCACCGACCAACUAAGCCGGAGCCCAGCCGGGGAGAGGAACACGUGCCAGCCGUGCCCCGUCACCAUGGACCCCCCAUCCCUGGACACAGCCAUCCAGCACACCCUGGCAGGUCUCUAUCCCCCUUUUGAGGCCACAGCACCCACCAUCUUGGGUCAAGUGUUCCGUCUCCUGGAUUCUGACUUCCGGGGCGAUGGGCUGAGCUUCCUCCUGGAUUUCCUGAUCCCUGCCAAGCGCCUGUGUGAACAAGUGCGCGAAGCAGCCUGUGCCCCCUACUCACACCGCGUCUUCCUGCACGAGGGCUGGCCGCUGUGCCUGCGGAAUGAGGUUGUGGUCCACCUGGCACCCCUCAAUCCCCUCUUACUGCGCCAGGGGGACUUCUACCUCCAAGUUGAGCCCCAGGAGGAGCAGUCUGUCUGCAUCAUGAUCAAGUGCCUCUCUGUGGACCUCCGCACAGUGGACACGAAGCCUGUUCCCGUGGCAUCCUACCCUGUACUUUUCACCCAAGCAUGGCUGGAGGCCAUCAACGGUGACUUUGAGGGAAGUCCCCUACACAACUGCCUGGUAGCUUCAGGAGAUGGGAUUGCCCCUGUGCCCUGGACCAAGAUAACCAGUCCAGAGUUUGUGGAUGACAGACCCCAAGCAGUAAAUGUCCUCUCCUCUGCUUGGAGAUCCCUUCAAUUAGAAGCACUGGAUUUGAGCAGCCCUCAAGAGCUGCACCAGGCCAGGUCCCCUGGCAGCCAGGUGCUGCUCACCCAGAGUUUGGCCAAGGGCAAGGGCAGGACAUAUGGGAACAAGUAUCCAGGACUCAUCAAGGUGGAGCAAACUGGGCCUGGGGAGGUGGCCUUUAGGAUGGAUGACGUGACCAGUCAGGACUUGGAGGGAGAUUACGUGGCUCUCCUGGACUUUUCCCAAGAGAGCAGAGGAGUGUCUCCCAGGAAGGAGAUGGAGACAUCCAAUGGGUGUCGUUUGGGGGCACUGGUAGAGCUAUCUGGAGCAAAGGAAAUCCCUUUCUCGCAAAGGAUUCUGCCUCUCUCAGGGGCCAGUGGAGGGCAUUCCUUGGAAAAAUGGGCUUGUGAGAAGCCAGCAAGCUCAGAGGAGGAACUCUGUGUUUUGGGCUUGAGGACAAAGGUUAAUCAUAAAGUCCCCACCCAAGACUCAGAACACCAACCCCAAGAGCCCUACCUCAGCAUCCUUGUAAACCCACUGCAUUGUGCCUCUGGCCUCAGGGUGGGUGUCUCAGAAGAGCCUGCUGCGUCCAAGACACAGGGACCUCUGGGAAACCCAGAGAGUAUGGUCCAGUUCAGUCUUGGACCAAAACAAGCAUCCUCUCCCCGGCUGCGCCCAUCUUCUCCUCCUGCUGCUCCAGCCCCUGAAACCAAGAUGGAAGAGAGGACCAAACAGGGAGAUGGGAGACUUCCCAAGCCUGUGACCAGCCCCAGUAGAAACACUUCCUCUUUCAGUUCCCCCGCUCCUGGGCUCAAACUCUCACUCUUAAAGGGGCAGAGGCAAGCCCGUGCGCCCCCGGAAAAAGUCUCACUCCAGCAUGAUGGGCCCUGGAAGGUCUUGUGUUCGCUCUACUCUCCCAAACCCAGCCGAGCCAAGUGCUUGGGGAAAGCUGGAACAACUCAGACCAAAACAUCUGGCCCAGACGCUGACUCAGACCCACUGACUGAGCAAAAGGAUGGCUUCCCAGAAGCUUUGGCAGGCCCUCCAGAGAAAGGCCCCACUCUGACAGAGGACCCCCCAGGGCCUGAGCCCAGGAUUGGGACUCUGAGUGUUGAGAUCUUCCGUUCCAGGAUAGCAUGCCUGCCAGGCGGUCGGGACAGGGCGGGGCGGCCCCUGCUUCUGGUGUCCACCACCAAGGGCCCCUGGGAGGCGCCAUGGUGCACGGCCUCAGAGGUCACCAAGCUGUUCUCCUACCUGUGCACCGUCCCCAGGCCUGAAGAUAAAACCAAGGGGCUGGCGGUUGUGAUUGAUGCCAGGAAACAGCCCCCACAUCCUGGUCUGGUCAGUGCCCUGCAGGCCACCCAGGCUCUGGUUCCAGCCUCCAUCCGUGCUAUGCUAUUCCUGGGGGAGAAGGAGGCUGCUCUCCAGCUGGAGGCAUUACCUGACAUCCAGGUAGAGGUGCUGACCUCACUGAAGGCCCUCAGUCACCACGUGGACCCCAGCCAGCUGCCCACGGCCCUGGAAGGCCCCUUCCCCUACUGCCAUGGCGAGUGGGUGCAAUUCUUCCAGAAGCUGGACCCUUUCCUUGCUGACCUCCGCCAGGCUUCCUCCCUGCUAAAGGCUUCUAUCAAGGAGUUUGAGAAGUGCGACCCCCCUGGAGGGGUGCAGGAGGCCUCUAGGUGUCUGAGCAAAUCCAAGGAGCUGAUGGAGGCCGUGCUGAGGGACCCAGGCCUCCUGGGCCUCCAGCGGGAAGGUGGAGCCACGCUGGCCAGGCUGUGGCAGGAAGGCAGCAGGCUGGACUUCAACCCGGACGUCAGGAGCCACCUGGCUGAAGCUGCUGCUCUGUACAGCCUCGUGGAUGAGCAGCUGCAUGUCCUUGUCACCGCGUCCAACCAUCUCCUGAGGAGGCUGGAGCUCCGGGUCCGCCUGGGCCGCCUGGAGGCUGCCAUCCACCAGGUCGGCAACUGGAUAGAGCAGGAAGGAAACCGGUGCCUGCAGGUGCUGACCCCCAAGGACGGAAGCUUGGAGACAGUGGAGAAAGCCCAUGCAGAGUUUGAGGACUUCUUCCUUCAGGCUGCGGCCCAGUACCGCCAUGGCCUGGAGCUGUCCAAGGAGGCGGCCCAGCUGGGAGCUGCAGCCCGAGGGUCCGGGGAGGCAGGAGGGACGGAGCUUCCGGAGCUGGUAGCCUUCUCCUUCACCCAGCGGGCCUUCCAGGCUAAGCUGACCCACUUCUACAUGGCAGCUGAGCGGCAACGCACCGACCUGGAGACCCUGCUCCACCUCCACCACUUCUGUAAGAAGGUGACCUGGUUCCACAUGGACUGUCAGGACCUGAUGGCCCAACUCAGGCUUGGCAAGGCCCAAAAGGCCAGCCCUGGGGACCAGCGCCGCCUCCACCGUUACCUGCAGCGCCUGGCGUCUGAGUUCCCUGCUGAGAAGCUCACGGCCGUGGGGCUGCAGGUGGCCUCUCUGAGCCAGGAGGGCGUGGGCCGGGACCUGUGGGAGGAGGCCCGGGUGAGACAUGAGGAGAUCCAGACCCUCCUGAAGAAGGCACUGGCCCACUGUCCAUGCCCAGCAGGCCCCACUGCCCACCUGGCAUGCCUGGAACUCAGAGGGGUGGCCAUCAAGGGCCAGGGGCUGGAAGGAGAAGUCACUUGCAAGGGAAGACGGGACCUGCCACUCCAGAACUCACCGGGCCUGGAUCAUUCACCAAAAUCCUGUUGGCCUCCUUGGGCGCCCAGACGGGGACAGAACAGAAAUUUCCGGGCAGACCCUCCACCCCAGGAAGCUGGCCAGGCUGUUGAGGCUGGUGAAGGUAAAAGCAUCCCCAGGCCCCUCGAUUCUGCCCCCGAGCGUUUUCUGGCCACCCUCUUCUCCUGGCAGCGGCUCCCCAGGCAGAGUCAAAUCCCCCGUCCCCCUGGGGGCAGCUUCUCCUCAGAGGGGACAGACUCACAGACGUCUCUGGAAGACUCACCACAGACAAGUCCUCCCGCGUCCCUCUAGCUGGGAGCGCCUGUCAAUCACACCAGGCUCCCAGGUCAGGGGUGGCUGGGGUGGGGCCCAGCUACAGAGAAAGCUGGGGAGCCCUGGACGAUCCAUCGAGACUUGGCCACUGAGUUUGGCCUGUGCUGGGAAGACAAGUCCCGCACCUGCUCCCGGCCCCCGGAACGUCCAGGAAGACCUGACUCCACACAUUCAGAAGAGUGAGAGUGGAGGUUGGCGCAGGAUGCGGUAGAGUGUGGGAUUGGCUCCAAAACCCCAAACUCUCACUGUGGAAAGAGCUAUGGUACAGACCCUUCCAGAGGUCUCGGAUGUGUGCAGGCCAGACGCCCACCUGGAAUUCAGGGAUAUGCGAGCUUGCUUUUGGGGCACGAGGGGCAGGUUGCCCUCAUACGGAACACCAAGUGGGCAGACUGGACAGUGGCUUCUUGUCUUAAGGUCCCAUGAAACAGACCCUAGACAAGGAUUCGAGUGUGCAUUUAUUUGGCAGGGAUCCCAGGAGCCACUGGUGAAGGAGCAGGGAGGCGAGGCUGGGAAGGAUGUAAAGGGUGUGCUGUCAAGCAGAUUACCGCAUGUAAUUUUUUCGCUGUCACCACUGGCCUCGGGCAAAGCGAAUCACCUGCUGGAGGCCAGUGAGUACGCAAGGGAUGGGGAAGGGCGGUGGACUGUCUGCUGCGUCUCUGCUGUGUCAUUUGGCUCCUCCAACUGCCAUGGGCCAUCAGUCGUGAGUUCAAGGAACCCCAGAGAGGACCCCCUCCCUCUCCCAUGAUCUCUGUCUUCUCCUCCUCCUCACCACGGCUCCUUAGAGCCUCCAUCCACUCUCCCCACCCUCAAGCCCCCUCUCAAUUUAGGCACAGUCUCUGGUGCCCAGUGUCAUCGUGUUCUGCUGUGGUUGAGACUGGGAGUGGGGGCAGUCUCCAUCCAGCAGGUGGUGUGGGGAGACAGUGGGAAAAGGCCUUUUCACCUCUGAUCUCAGAGCAUUUGGAAGACAGAGAGCCUUUCCCACUGCCCAGAGUGACCCUGGCUAGCGCCUCCCCUGAAUGUCAUCAUCCUGAGAGUGUGCGCCCCCUGCCUCUGCCUUAGGAUGAGACCAAGAUGACUUCUGGCAGCCUAGCCCUAGAAUUUUCCUGGCUCCGGGGAGAGGGUGUGGCACACAUCCUCCCACAAAAUGAGGAGGCAGAAGGAGAGGGAGGCAGGACCAGAGCGGGCCAGGGAGGACAAAGAGGGUUUCUCAGGAGUCUCCUUGGCAGAGAGAGCCGCACAAACCUCAACGCCCAAAAUGUCUUCAGGAAUCUUCCAAGACUGAAUAUUUCGUCAAGAGUAGUCUGGGGCCUGUCUGUCUCAGAACCACAGGCAGAGCUCAUCAAAGGUAGCUUCCUAGGAGAUCCCACCCCAGAUAAUUAAAAUCAGACCCUUGGGGACAGGGGUGGCUAGAAUCUGCAUCUGUAACCAACUACUCGGGUAUAACCCAUGCAACACAGUGAGGUGGGGGUGCCGUUGGGAAACGCUUGGGGCUGAGGUCUGAGCCGGCCCCCCGCCCGGAGCCAGCUCUGAUGCUCCCGUUCCACUCUCCUGCCUUCUGUCCACACAGGCCUGAGGAUGCAGGAGGCAUUUGAUCAGCCCAUCUCCAGCCAUGCCUAUUGCCUCAGAGGGGGGCCAAAGUCUCUUAAAAUGCUGUUGCUGUAGCAACAGCAUCCAGCCAGUGGGGACCACAGGCAGGGAGCCAGGGUACCUGGGGUGCAAGUAUGAAAACUGACUUCUAAGAGACUACAGCUACAUCUAGGGAUAAGGGGGGUUCAAGCACAGUGUGGAUAAUCCAAGAAUCCUUGGGAGGGAGGGGUCCCUGAAGCCAUCUUAUGCAUCUCUCUGUCUCCAAAAGAGCCAAGCCUCAACAACCUGUCUACUCACAGGAGCCCAUGGAGGAGGAGGGGAUGCAGAAAUGAAAUAUAAUAAUAUUAAUAGCGAACAUUUACUCUACAUUUUCUUUGUGCCUGGCUUGGUGCUAAGCCCUUUAUAAACUUGGUAGGGCUUGUUGCAUUUUUCACAACAAUCUGAUGAAACCAAUACUAAUUUCACCCCAUUUUACUGAGGAGGAAACUGACACUCAGAGAAGUCAAGGUGAUACCUUGCCUAGUGUUAUGUAGCGAGUGGCCAAGCUAGUACUUGAUACAACACUGAUGCUCUGGACUCACCCUCAGACAAACCUGGGCUAAUCACUGGUUCUGCAGUGGCCACGGGCUUUGUCCCCUCAGCAGUCCUGCUAUGCCUGGACUGUGCCCAGGGGCUUGGGCUGGGCAGGGCUUGGCCCUUUGGGCAGUGCUUACCCUGGCCUCCUGUACCCAAGGCAGUGUGGCGCAGAGGU